UUCUUUUACUUCCGGUAUGGGAAUUCUCAUACUUUUUCUGUGAGAAUUUGGUGGGUGGUACUAUGUCCACACUGCAAGCAUGGACGUGGUGGACAGUUUAUCGACAGCCCCGGGGACUGACACCGUCCCCUCCCUGGACUUUGACCUGAUCACAGACGGAGAUUCGGGAAACAUUUGGUGUGAACAGUGUAAAAUCUAUAAAAAGAAUUAUGAGAAGCUUCAGGAAGAGCAUGCUCGGAGCUACAACACACUAAAGAAGAAGAUAAUAUCCACAGACUUGCUCAUCAAGAAGUACAAGACAAAGUGUGAAGAGUAUGACCAGCAGGCCAGGAAACUAGAGGAUGCAGUCAAAAGACAGGAACAGUUACAGAGGGAGACAGACACACUGCAAGUCCAGCUGUCCUCAGCACUUCAUCAGAUAGAACCUCUCAAACAGGAUAAAGUGAAGCUUGAUCAGGAAGUAAAGAGAAAACUCCAGGAGAUCCAGAAUCUGCAAGAUCAAGUGGUAGCAGGAGAGAGUUUUAAAUCCCAGUAUGAGCAGUUGAACAAGUCAUUGCUAGAAGACAAAGACAAACACGAACAGGAAUUAAAAGAUGCCAACAAGAAAGUCCGUGAGUUAGAGCUCAGUCAACAAAGGCAGGAAUCACAGAUAACAAAAUUGAAAGAAGACAACAAAGUUUUGAAAAGAGAGAAUGGAAAAAGUCAAAAGAGAGAAAGAAAGACAGAGGAAAGCCUGGCUAAAGCACAGGAGACAGUUAACAGAUACAGGCAGAUUUUAAUAAGACAUGGUCUUCUACCUAACCAGGACAAACUGCUGCGCAUCACAAAGGGGGAGGGGACAGGUGCCCCUCCUGAAGAGAUGCCCCAACUGGAGGAGGAAGAGUGGGUGGAUUCAGCUUCUGCCUCUGAUAAAGAACAAUACUCUGACUUAGACAAUCCCAGAAUGCACUGCAAGGUCAGCAUGACAAAGAUGAAGUCAGAAACCGUCUGCUCAGAGGAGAGGAAACGGAAGAUAGAAUUCCAGGAGGAGGACAACAGCUUACUGGAAUUCCCCUUCACAUUCAGCCCCCUAGUGUCAAUUCUGUCUCCUCUUCCCCCCUCCCCACAGUCAUAUAGAAAGGAAGUAGAAGAUAAUGAUGAAAGCGAUGAUGAUUUGGAUGAAAUGGCAGAACAACUAGAACAAGAAAUCUUUAAUGUUUCACCUACCCCCAGAAGGUCACCAAGGAAACGCGUUCCACCUUCACCCCUCUCAAGGGAUCCUAACACCACUGUGUCCACUCAGGAAAUAAGAACUAAACAGGUGACCAUCCACAGCCGACGGGGAAGGAAUGUAACCGGUCAAGACAAUGACGGAGCUACCCAGGAGCUUAGGGGAAUCAAAAGGAUAACAUUUACUGCUGAGGAGAGUUCUAACCUUGAGGUCCUGCAGGGGGAGGUGAAUUCAGAAGUCGCCCAUGUGAACCCCAAACCAAUACUCAGUGGUCAUCACAACUCAGCAUUUCAGAAAUUUUCCAAAAGCUCUCAUAAACAAGAGAAAGCCAGGGAAAGGAUUGAAGAGAGUCUAAUGUCAAAAAACUCUGGUGAUUCUGGGUUUUCAAGAGAUUCUAAACUUAUCUGUGAUAUAAGUAAAAAUGUGAAAGAGAACUUCACUAAUAUACACCAUAAGAGUAUUGAGUGUCUGAAAAAGCAUUCUUUUAGACCGGUCAGCGAGAAUCAUGAUGAUUCGGAUAGCUUGUGUUCAGAGGAUAUAAGAUUCACCAACAAAGAAAAGGAAGAUGUUUAUGACGGUAUUUGUGAAAAAGGUAAUAAAGACAUGAAAUUUCUGUCAUCAAAGGAAAAUAUAAAACAGGAACUUGAUGAAUUAACAGGAGAGGCUGCUGUGGAUUUAGAUAUAGAAUCUGCACUCUCUGUACGGACUUUGAGAAAAUCCCUCAGCCUACCUGAAGGUGAACUUUCUUCCUCUCAAGUAGGAGCCGGCUCUCCUCAAACACGAAAGAGACGACACUUAUCUUUAUCCCAGAAUAGUCCCAAUAAAAAUUCUGAAAGUUGUGAUUCAAAAUUGAAAGCAGUUCAGGAGAGCCCAAGAAGGUCUCUGAGAAAUAAAAACAAUGAUGAAAGUGAACAAAAGUCCAGUGGCAGCAGUGAACUUUAUCAGCAAAAAACAGUUAAUGAAGAAAAUUCAGAGAAGAAGUUUGUCCCUCACAAGCCACCAGUCCGAGUGACCAGGAGCAAGACUUUACUCAUACCGCCUAGUGAGAUUGAUACCCUGUGUCAGAGGUCAAGGUCAAGAAUGAGAAUACCAAGUGGAAAGAAAAAGAAAGAAGGGGAUUCAGAAAAUGUGGAGAUGAAGGUCAUUAAGGAGGAGCGUGUGGAGGAGGAAAUGGAAAGAGGGAACAGUGCAUCGGAGGACAGAGUGGAAGAGGUGGAGAGCAAUGGAAAUGUCACCCGAGCCGUGUCUAGACAAGAGAGUUUGGGGUUUGCUUUACGAUCACCCCCGGUCCUCAAAUCCCCUCCUAUUGUGUUACCCUCUGAGAAGGGUAAGCAUCUCACUUCUAACAGGUUGUCAUUCACUUCUGCUGGUAUAGAGACCAAGGAGGAUGCAGAUGUGAAAGGGAGUGGUGAUGGACUUGUAGUGCAUCCUUCAGGAGGACACAGUGAGGUAAACACUAGUGACAGUGACACUGAAAAGAGGACAGAGGCUAGUUCUCAUGUGACAUGUGACUUUUCUCAUAUAACAAAUGAUUCAAAAGAAAAUGUGGAAAAUACUGUGAAUGCUCCGUUGAAUGAAGUGUCGAUGGUAAAUGUUGAAGCUGAUGGUGUACUUAAUCAAGGUUCAUCCAAGGAAGACAUCUUCAGUGCAGAACUGAAUGUGGAGGACACUGAAUUGGAGGGGUCUCUCCCUCGGCAGGGGAGCAUGGGAUUUAUGGUGAGUAGUGGUGACUCAGGGACAGACUCGGGAAAAUCCACUCCAAAGCAGAAAGGAACAGAGAAAUGUAUGAUUCAGGCACAGGAUGCAGAGAGUAGUGAAAAAAGUCUAAAAAGAAAUUUGAAAAAUAUCGACAAAAAUUCUGAUACUUCAACAGUAGAGCAGAAUGUUCAAGAUAGUGUUAAUGAUAUUGAAACUGCCCAAUUGGGUGGUCAUUCUGAGGAGGAUAUGAAAGAAGACUCUACAGUUAAAAAUGAACUGUUUAAACAGUCAGCUCAUGAUUCCAGACAUUCUUCUAAAAUGAAUGCCUCACAAACCUCAGAGAAACUUUCCGCAUGUUUAGAAGAUUUGGACAAACAGGAGGAUGUGGCUUGUUUUUCUAACUCAACUUCAAAUUCUAGUGAUCUUAGUGGUGCUGAUAAAUAUCCAACACAGACUAUCAAACAAUGUGACUCAAAAACCAGUGAAUCAGGAAAUGCUCAAUCCACCUCAUCUAGUGCUAGUAAUUCUGACAGACCCCCCUCAUUAUCUGAGGGGGGCAGCAGUAGUCCCUCCCUAGUGUACAUACCUAGUCUUUCAGUGCUUGUUCAGAAGUCCACGUUUUCUGCUGUGGUGGCCUCCAGCACCGUCGUCUCACCUGAGCUGGAGAACCUUCCCUCACACCCCCGCCCAGACAAUACCACCACCUCCCAGUCCCCAGUCUCACCCCUGCCUCCUUCACCUUUUCAUUUUUUUCUUCCCAACCCCAUCUCUCCCCUCCCACCUUCACCUGUUGGGGAGAUGGCUCCCAUUUCCCCUUUGUGUACAUCACCCUUUGAUUUAGAUGAUCAGUGUCUUUUUGAGCCGUCUUCCAAUUGUGAAGAGUCAGUGGAUCAUUCACUGGAGAAUCCACAAGUUUUGAAGUUGAAAUCAUCUAAAUUAUCAACAGUGAAAUCAUCUAAAUUAUCAUCAGUCAAAUCAUCCAAAUUAUCAUUAGUUUCCAAGAAAAAAAUUCAGGCAGUUGCAACUCAGAGUCAUGUUUCUAUAGCAACGAAGACCAGUCAGUGCAGUCAAUCAAGGGAGAAAAUUGUCCAGUCCAGCAGUGCUCCUCAGUCAUUUCAUGCAGUCGCACCACCAGAUGCAAUUACAGUCAGACCUCAGAAAAAUAAAGAUACGGCUCAGCUGUCUCAGAAUCAGGAGAAACCAGGGUCAAAAGCGGCAGCAGUGAGGAAACGAAGAAGUCAGGACCCCAGUACUGUCACCCCAGAGGAGAAGAAACAGUGUUUUGAAAACCAAACAUAUACAUCAAAAGACUCCAGUGCUCUUACAGACAAAUCUAAUCUUCAUAAAGUGAUUGAGGCUGAGAUGAAGUUAUUUUUGGAUAGACCAGACAUCAGUGAGCAGGCAGUGAUGGAUAAACUGGUUACCCUAGCUGACCACUCCACAUUGUUCAGGCAGCUACUGCAGUGGACAGUCCAGUACCUACGUUGCCAGCAGAUGGAGCUGUUUAGUACGAUUCAUUGUUACUGUGCCUACAGCAGUGACUGUCAAUCCAGGACCAAUCCAUUCCUCACUCCAGGGGAGGUCAGGCUGUUAAAGUUCUACAGCUUCCUGUUCAAAAAUCCAGAUUGGAUUGGACAGAGACAUCAGCUCCUAGAUUUGUUGUGGACAUCCAUAUUUGGUCAUGAUUCCUUGACCCUGACCGGCAGACUGGCUCUUUGCCGAAUGUUUGUUGGCCUUCUUCAUGAGACUGGUGAUAUGGAGCACGUAAGGGUAUUCUUUUACCAUGUGAUGACCUGUAAAUAUCUCAAUGCGGCCAUGAUUGCUGUUACCAUUGCUGGAGUAUGGCCACAGUGUCUCUAUAGGAACGCAACAGGAACAAGUCCAGUGUUGGUUGUUAUGGAGGCUGUAAUUAUGAAAGAGCUACAGGAGCUUAAAGACAAGGGAGCUAAGAUCUCUGUUUGCCUUAAGAAGCUGGUAAAUUGGGACCUUUGUGUUCACCAGAAUAAUGUCCUCCUACAACACAUGAUUAAAGAAAUAGAGAAAAAGUGUGCCGAUUUCCAUAGCAACCAAGGUCAGAUUUAUGAGUUAAGCCGGGCUGUUGAGCUGUUGUUGGUGAUGCAGAAGGUCGGUUUUUUUAAGACAGUCUUCAUCGGAGUGGCAGUUAGCUCUCUAAGCAGCAAACUCAGAUCAAAACAGAUUCAGGCAGCGGAGCAUUAUGUCAAGGUCAUAGUUCAAAUAGCAGGAAGUGUUCUGCUGCAGCUAACCACUAUGAAUGAGAAAAACUUGUCUCAGAUCAUACGGAAAUACAUCUCUAAAAUCCUCCUGUCUGAUUCAGCGAGUCAGAAUUUACAGGUGAGUGUGGCUCAGACCCUGCUGGAGUUGUCUUUCCUGUCACCUGUAACAGUAAUGUCUGGCUCUCUUUACCCAUGGUUCCUUGCUCGUAAAGAUGUGAUCCCUGCAGACUUUGUCUGUAAACUUGAAAACACAAGACAACUACUGGUCAGCCAGUUUCCAUUCUUCCGAUGUCCUGCCUUUGAGUAGACAAAGAAAAAAGUUAAAAUUAGAAUUCUAAAACCAUGAAGACAUUGAUCAUGAAUAUAAUUUAUGUGCAUCUUGUGAUGAAAAUACCUGUGUGGGUUUACUUAUGGUGCCUAAGACUCAAGUCUACAAACAAAUGAAACAAUUGUUUCUCCAUCAGCUGUAUUGAACACCAUCUCCAAGGUGCUCUUUUUUGCAUCAUGUGAUGGGAACACCAUCUUAAUAUAGAAUGAGAAGUGCCAUUUACAUGUACCAUUACUAUCAUCAGUGUAUGUGUCUCUCUUUUCAGUUUGUGUCACAGGGUACAUGUACAAAUGCUAUUUUUUCUCUGUGAUAGUGCCCAUUCAGUACUUAUGUUAAUCGACUGGAGAUGAAGAAAGACUUUGUAUUAAAUAAAUGUUCAUAUUCAAAACUUCAAA